AUGGUCUUCAAACUUGAGAGGCAAGGCCAAAUGGUGGAAGGUAAUAAAGGACUGUCUCUCAAAAGUGACAUUAAAGCUCAUAAAAAGGUUGAAGUGAAGAGGACGGUUCCCAGAGAGGAUGCACAAGGUAGUAGAGGGGUAUCAAGAACGAAAAAAAUCUUUGUUGGUGGUAUACCAUUAACUUUAACAGAAGGUAGCAAACACAUUAAUGUCUGGAUGUCUAUGGAUGUGGAGAUAAAGUGGGCAGAGCCAAAGAGAGCUGGGGGUGAUUUUUCGUAUGAUAAUAAUGGUUAUGGGGGAGGCUAUAGAGGUGGCUCUGUAGGCCUCUAUCCUGGUUAUGGUAGAUAUGGUUAUGGUUAUGGUUAUGAUGGACCCAUGUAUGGUGGUGGUGGAUAUGCAGGUGUCGAUUAUGGUAAAGGGGUUGACCUUUUUGUCACAUGA